UCCGGCUCCAAGCGGACCCUCCCCCCUCCAGGCCCCUUACCCCUUUCUGUCCCCUGCCCAGGCCACCGCGCCUCCGUCGUCCCUCCCCGGGGCUCCGAAACACUCCCCGUCUGCCUCCCUCCUCGCCUCGGCGGUCCGUGCCCCCCGCUCUUGGAGGAGGGAUGGUCGAUUUGGAGAGCGAAGUGCCCCCUCUGCCUCCCAGGUACCGGUUCCGGGAUCUGCUGCUGGGGGACCAAGGAUGGCAGAACGACGACAGGGUACAAGUUGAAUUCUUUAUGAAUGAAAACACAUUUAAAGAGAGACUAAAGUUAUUUUUCAUUAAAAACCAGAGAUCAAGUCUAAGAAUACGCCUGUUCAAUUUUUCUCUCAAAUUAUUAAGCUGCUUACUAUACAUAAUCCGAGUGCUAUUAGAAAACCCUUCACAAGGAAACGAAUGGUCCCAUAUCUUUUGGGUGAACAGAAGCUUGCCGUUGUGGGGCCUACAGGUCUUAGUGGCCUUGAUAAGUCUGUUUGAAACAAUUCUACUUGGUUAUCUCAGUUACAAGGGAAACAUCUGGGAACAGAUUUUACGAGUACCUUUCAUCUUGGAAAUAAUUAACGCGGUUCCCUUUGUUAUCUCAAUAUUUUGGCCUUCCUUAAGGAAUCUCUUUGUCCCGGUCUUUCUAAAUUGCUGGCUUGCCAAACAUGCCUUGGAAAAUAUGAUUAAUGAUCUACAUAGAGCCAUUCAGCGUACACAGUCUGCAAUGUUUAAUCAAGUUUUGAUUUUAAUAUCUACAUUACUAUGCCUUAUCUUCACCUGCAUUUGUGGGAUCCAGCAUCUGGAACGAAUAGGCAAGAAGCUGAACCUCUUCGACUCCCUUUAUUUCUGCAUCGUGACCUUCUCUACGGUGGGCUUCGGGGACGUCACCCCGGAGACGUGGCCGUCCAAGCUCUUCGUCGUCGCUAUGAUCUGUGUCGCCCUCGUGGUCCUGCCCAUUCAGUUUGAACAGCUGGCCUAUCUGUGGAUGGAGAGGCAAAAGUCCGGUGGAAAUUACAGUCGACACAGAGCCCAAACGGAAAAACAUGUGGUUCUCUGUGUCAGCUCGCUGAAGAUCGACUUGCUCAUGGACUUUUUAAAUGAAUUCUAUGCUCAUCCAAGACUGCAGGAUUAUUAUGUGGUGAUUUUGUGUCCUACCGAAAUGGACGUGCAAGUUCGCAGGGUGCUGCAGAUCCCAAUGUGGUCACAAAGAGUCAUCUACCUUCAGGGUUCAGCCCUUAAAGAUCAGGACCUGCUGAGAGCAAAGAUGGAUGACGCCGAGGCCUGUUUUAUUCUGAGCAGCCGCUGCGAGGUGGAUAGGACAUCCUCUGACCACCAAACAAUUUUGAGAGCGUGGGCUGUAAAAGAUUUUGCUCCAAACUGCCCUUUGUACGUCCAGAUAUUAAAGCCUGAAAAUAAAUUUCAUAUCAAAUUUGCUGACCAUGUCGUUUGUGAAGAAGAGUUUAAAUACGCCAUGUUAGCUUUGAACUGCAUCUGCCCAGCGACCUCUACCCUUAUCACACUCCUGGUCCACACCUCUAGGGGGCAGGAGGGCCAGCAGUCCCCGGAGCAGUGGCAGAAGACGUACGGCAGGUGCUCCGGCAACGAGGUGUACCACAUCACCCUGGAAGACAGCACCUUCUUCGCCGAGUACGAGGGGAAGAGCUUCACGUACGCCUCCUUCCACGCGCACAAAAAGUUUGGUGUCUGCUUGAUUGGUGUUAGGAGGGAGGAUAAUAAAAACAUUUUACUGAAUCCAGGUCCUCGAUACAUUAUGAAUGCUACAGAUAUCUGUUUUUACAUUAAUAUAACCAAAGAAGAGAACUCAGCAUUUAAGCACCAAGACCAGCAGAAAAGAAGCAACGCACCCCGAUCGUUUUACCACGGGCCUUCUCGACUCCCUGUCCACAGCAUAAUUGCCAGCAUGGGUACUGUGGCCAUAGACUUGCAGGACACGAGCUGCCGAUCGGCCAGCGGCCCUACCCUGUCCCUUCCCACAGAAGGAAUCAAAGAGGUCCGAAGACCUAGCAUUGCCCCUGUGCUGGAGGUCGCCGAUACGUCAUCUAUCCAAACCUGCGAUCUUCUCAGCGACCAGUCAGAGGAUGAAGCUCCGCCGGAGGAGACACUGUCCUCCAAUAUGGAAUACGCUAAAGGCUACCCACCCUACUCUCCCUACAUAGGGAGUUCACCCACAUUUUGCCAUCUCCUCCAUGAAAAAGUGCCAUUUUGCUGCUUGAGACUAGACAAGAGCUGUCAGCAUAACUACUAUGAAGAUGCAAAAGCCUAUGGAUUCAAAAAUAAACUAAUCAUAGUUGCAGCUGAAACAGCUGGAAAUGGAUUGUAUAAUUUUAUUGUUCCUCUCAGGGCAUAUUAUAGACCAAAGAAAGAGCUCAAUCCCAUUAUACUGCUAUUGGAUAACCCCCUGGACGACCUGCUCCGCUGCGGCGUGACGUUCGCGGCGAACAUGGUGGUGGUGGACAAGGAGAGCACCAUGAGCGCCGAGGAGGACUACAUGGCCGACGCCAAGACCAUCGUCAACGUGCAGACGCUGUUCAGGUUGUUCUCCAGCCUCAGCAUCAUCACGGAGCUCACGCACCCAGCCAACAUGCGGUUCAUGCAGUUCAGGGCCAAAGACUGCUACUCCCUCGCCCUUUCAAAGCUGGAAAAGAAAGAACGAGAGCGGGGCUCUAACCUGGCUUUCAUGUUCCGACUGCCCUUUGCUGCGGGGAGGGUGUUCAGCAUCAGCAUGCUGGACACGCUGCUCUACCAGUCAUUUGUGAAAGAUUAUAUGAUUUCUAUCACCAGACUUCUGCUGGGGUUGGACACUAUCCCAGGAUCGGGGUUCCUUUGUUCUAUGAAAAUCACCGAGGAAGACCUGUGGAUCCGGACGUACGCCCGGCUCUACCAGAAGCUCUGCUCCUCCAGCGGAGACGUGCCCAUCGGCAUCUACCGGACCGAGUCGCAGAAGCUGGCCACGUCUGAGUCUCGAGAAACAGCCUCACAAUCUCAAAUAUCCAUCAGUGUGGAGGAAUGGGAAGACACCAAGGACAGCAGGGAGCACGGCCAGCCCCGAGGCAGCCACCGCAACUCCACCUCCAGCGACCAGUCGGACCACCCCUUGCUGAGGAGAAAGAGCAUGCAGUGGGCCCGAAGACUGAGCAGAAAAGGUCCAAAACACUCUGGUAAAACAGCUGAGAAAAUAACGCAGCAGCGACUGAACCUCUACAGGAGGUCAGAGAGACAAGAGCUUGCUGAACUUGUGAAAAAUAGAAUGAAACACUUGGGUCUGUCUACACUGGGCUAUGAUGAAAUGAACGAUCAUCAGAGUACCCUGUCCUACAUACUGAUUAAUCCGUCCCCAGACACCAGGCUGGAGCUGAAUGACGUUGUGUACCUGAUCCGCCCGGACCCCCUGGCCUACCUGCCCAGCGGCGAGCCCAGGCAGAGCAGCAGCCUCUGCAGCACCUCCGGCCACGACUCUCGGGAGGAGACUCAGCUUUGAUGGCGCGAGCAGAGCGGAC